AUGGCGCCGCUUCGGUUGGCUCUGCGGCUGGUCGGCAGCCGCCGUGCUUUGAGUGUCCAAACCUUUCCACGAUGCAAAAAUAGAUCAUCUGCGACGUUCUCGUCCGAUGCCGGCCUUUGCCGUCAAACAGCGCAGGCGUUGUUUUCCUUGGAGCGUUUUCACCGGCAGAGUAGCUCGGCGGAUGAGCGGCGACAGGUGGAGCGCCAGGCCUGGCGUGAACUGCAGAAACUCCCAGACGCUGUGGCGAAUAGCGCAUCCAUUCAUGACGUCACAGACAUUGUUGGCGCCUGGUGCUAUUUUUCGCGAUUCUGGGAGUUGGGGAUGCAGGGACCAGAGGAAACAUCCGGUGAGGAACAAAGUGACGGUGUCUUGGCGGGAAAGAAGGACAUCGACGUUCCAUUGCUUGAGCGCCGGACGCCGCUGACACAUCCCCCCACGGCCGACCAGGCACCACCACCACGCACCAAUCCGCUGGAUGAGGUGAUUGAGUUUUGA